AUGGGCCGUACGCCGGCGUACGAUAUAUGCCCGGACCCUGUCUAUGGCUACCUCGGCUUCGUGGGCGACUUGUUCUCGUGGGUUUUGGCGGGCGGCUCUGCCGUCCACUUCAUCAAGGGCUUCCGGGCCUCGCCUAGCGGCGCCCGACUCGCCGGCGCCGUCAACGCUGUCCGGCAGAACGCGCCUCGCGUCGCCGGCAGGUUCGGCGCAUACUGCAUCUUCUUCUCCGUCAUCGAAAAUGCCGCGUCGCUCGCGCUCCAGAGAGACGACCAAUUGACUGGCGGCACCGUCGCCGCCGCCACAGGUGCCCUACAUGGCAUGCUGCGCCGGGGUGGCGGCCCCGCCGCUGCGCGUUGCGCUCUUCUCGCUGCCACAGGUUUCUUGGGCCUCUCGAUUUGGCCCUCGAUUGGGCCCUAA